AUGGCGGCGUACAGUUACUCUCGGCUGCUGCUGCCGCUGCUGUUGUCGUCCGUGUGUCUCUGCGGCUUCGGCUCCUCCGUCCUCGGCUCGAAGGCGGCCGGCGGCCCCCCGGCCGAGCCGCCCAACCCGCCCGGCCUCAGGGCCGCGGACCCCCCGGACCGGGAUGCACCUGCCGCCGCAGCUGCAACCGCAGACGAUGCCGCCGCCGCCGCCGCCGUCGCCACAGCAGCCGCCGUCGUCGCCGGGGCCUCUCCGCCUCGAAGGGCGACCGGCUGGAAGCUGUCGGAGGAGGAGGCCUGCCAGGGGGACCUGACCCGCCUCUGUCCCAAACACACCUGGACCAACAACCUGGCCGUGCUGGAGUGCCUGCAGGACCGCAGAGAGGAAUCUGAGAUCGCUCCUGACUGUAAUCAUCUGCUGUGGAACUAUAAACUCAACCUCACCACGGAUCCAAAGUUUGAGUCGGUGGCCACGGAGGUCUGCAAGAGCACCAUCGCUGAGAUAAAGGAGUGCAACGAGGAGGAGCGGGGGAGGGGCUACCUGGUGUCCUGCCUGGUGGAUCACCGCGGCAACGUGAGCGAGUACCAGUGCAACCAGUACAUCACCAAGAUGACCAGCAUCGUGUUCAGCGACUACCGGCUGAUCUGUGGCUUCAUGGACAAAUGCAGAGAGGACAUCAACGCGCUGCACUGUGGCAGCGUCACCGUGGGGCACAAGGACGUGCACUCCCAGGGCGAGGUCAUCGCCUGUCUGGAGAAGGCGCUGGUGAGGGAGGCGGAGCAACAGGAUCACGUCCGUCCAAUCAGAGAGGAGUGCCAGAGGGCCAUCCUGCGGGUGGCGGAGCUGUCGUCGGACGACUUCCACCUCGACCGCCAUCUUUACUUCUCCUGCAGAGACGACCGCGAGAGGUUCUGCCAGAACACUCAGGCCGGAGAAGGGAAGGUCUACAAGUGUCUGUUCAAUCACAAGUUCGAGGAGGCCAUGUCGGACAAGUGCCGGGACGCCCUCACCACCCGUCAGAAGCUGAUCUCCCAGGACUACCGGGUCAGUUACUCUCUGGCCAAAGCCUGCAAGGUGGACCUGAGGAAGCAGCGCUGCAGCCUGGACUCCAACCUGCCGCGGGCCCGCGAGGCCCGGCUGUCCUACCUGCUGCUGUGCCUGGAGGCGGCGGUGCACCGCGGCCGCCCGGUCAGCGGCGAGUGUCAGGGCGAGAUGCUGGACUACAGGCGGAUGCUGAUGGAGGACUUCUCCCUGAGCCCGGAGAUCGUGCUGCACUGCCGGGCGGAGAUCGAGGGCCACUGCGCCGGCCUGCACCGCAAGGGCCGCACGCUGCACUGCCUCAUGAGGAUCGGACGCGGCGACCGCAGCGCCACCGUGGACGGCGUCUGCCAGAGCGCCCUGCAGACUUUGAUCCAGUCGGCCGACCCCGGCGCCGACUACCGGAUCGACCGCGCGCUCAACGAGGCGUGUGAGGCCGUCAUCCAGACCGCCUGCAAGCACAUCCGCAACGGAGACCCCAUGAUCCUGUCGUGCCUGAUGGAGCACCUGUACACAGAGAAGAUGGUGGAGGACUGUGAGCACCGGCUGUUGGAGCUUCAGUACUUCAUCUCCAGAGACUGGAAACUGGACCCCGUCCUGUAUAAGAAGUGUCAGGGUGACGCCGCUCGACUCUGCCACACGCACGGGUGGAACGAGACCGGCGAGCUGAUGCCGCCGGGCGCCGUGUUCUCCUGCUUGUACCGCCACGCCUACCGGACGGAGGAGCAGGGACGGAGGUUAUCUCGGGACUGUAAGGUGGAGGUUCAGAGGAUUCUCCACCAGAGGGCGCUGGAUGUGAAGUUGGACCCCGACCUGCAGAAACGCUGCAUGACCGACCUCGGCAAGUGGUGCAGCGAGAAGACGGACGCUGGACAGGAGCUGGAGUGCCUGCAGGACCACUUGGAGGACCUGGUCUCGGCCUGCAGGGAGGUCGUGGGCAACCUGACCGAGCUGGAGUCAGAGGACGUCCAGAUCGACGCUCUGCUCAUCCGGGCCUGUGAACCCGUCACUCAGGCCCACUGCCACGACGUAGCUGACAUCCAGAUCGAUACCGGUGACCUGAUGGAGUGUUUGGUUCAGAACAAACACCAGAAGGAGAUGAACGACAAGUGUGCGGUCGGUGUUACACACUUCCAGCUGGUCCAGAUGAAGGACUUCCGGUUCUCCUAUAAGUUCAAGAUGGCCUGUAAGGAGGACGUUCUCCGCUUGUGUCCAAACAUCAAGAAGAAGGUGGACGUGGUCAUCUGUCUCAGCACCACCGUGAAGAACGACACGCUGCAGGAGGCCCGGGAGCAGCGGGUGUCACUGAAAUGUCGUAAACAGCUGCGGGUGGAGGAGCUGGAGAUGUCGGAGGACAUCCGGUUGGAACCAGAGCUGUACGACCCGUGUAAGUCCGACAUCAGCCGCCUGUGUCCCAACGUGGCCUUCGGGAACGCUCAGAUGAUCGAGUGUCUGAAGGAGCAGAAGAAGCAGCUCAGUCAGCGCUGCCACCAGCGGAUCUUCAGGCUGCAGGAGGUCGAGAUGACCGACCCCGAGCUGGACUACCAGCUGAUGAGGGUCUGCAAGCAGAUGAUCAAGCGGUUCUGCACCGACGCCGACGCCAGGAACGUUCUUCAGUGUCUGAAGCAGAACAAGAACAGCGAGCUGAUGGACCCCAAAUGCAAACAGAUGAUCACCAAGAGGCAGAUCACGCAGAACACGGACUACAGGUUGAACCCUGUGUUGAGGAAAUCUUGCCGAGCCGACAUCCCAAAGUUCUGCCAGCCGAUCCUGAACAAGGCGAGUGACGACAGCGAGCUGGAGGGUCAGGUGAUCUCCUGCCUGAAGCUGAAGUACGCCGACCAGAGGUUGUCUCCAGACUGUGAAGACCAGAUCCGAGUGAUUCUUCAGGAGUCGGCGCUCGACUACCGACUCGACCCGCAGCUGCAGAUGCACUGCACGGACGAGAUCUCCAGGCUGUGUAUGGAGGAGGCCGCCGCCCAGGAGCAGACCGGUCAGGUUGAGGAGUGUCUGAAGGUCAACCUGCUGAAAAUCAAACAGGAAGCCUGUAAAAAGGAGGUCCUGAACAUGCUGAAGGAGAGCAAGGCGGACAUCUUCGUGGACCCGGUCCUUCACACGGCGUGCGCCCUGGACCUCAAACACCACUGUGCCGCCAUCACGCCGGGCCGAGGCCGACAGAUGUCGUGUCUGAUGGAGGCGCUGCAGGACAAGAGGGUUCGUCUGCAGCCGGAGUGCAAGAAGAGACUUCAGGACCGCAUCGACAUGUGGAGCUACGCUGCAAAGGUGGCGCCAGCAGAGGGCUUCUCAGACCUGGCCGUGCAGGUGAUGACGUCGCCCUCCAAGAACUACAUCCUGCUCAUGAUCGCUCUGAGCGUGUGCGUCCUCUUCCUGGUCGGGCUGCUGUGCGGCCGCAUCACCAAGCAGGUGACGAGAGAACUGAAGGACCGGUAGAGGGGCGUGGCCUCGUGAUAAGACUCCUCCCCCUCCCUCCUCCUGCCCCUCCUCCUCAGACCAGCCAUCCGGCCCUCGUCGUCAUCUGGAGCUCCUCGUUUUGCAAAAAGAGAAUAACAUUAUUUUUUCUUUA